AUGGUAGGAAAUGGGAGUAGCGCCGGCAGUUACUCCCGCUAUUCCAUGGCUCAGGACACAAUUCAACGCUACAGUAGUCAGAAUUCGUCUUCUGGAAUUUCUCCACACCAGAGAUUAUCAUCGUAUUCAUUGCACAGUAUAGCUGACGCAACUGUCUUCGGUCAAAUCGCAUCAGUGAUUUAUCCAUUCCGUUGUUGCAUCAAUGAUGUUCUCGAGAAAGACUUCCCGAGCGUUCUGGAGUACUGCGAGAGAAUCCGUGCUGAGAUCUACCCAAAUGAUUUUACCAUCUAA